UAUCAGCUUCUCAGAGUAUUCCCCAUUAGAAUCGAUCAUUUUCGACAAACAGUCAGAGAACGAGCUCCACAGAGAUUAGAGCACGUCUUAUUAACUGAUUAUUAAUUAAAUUUCUGAAUUAGUUAGUGGAAAUGCAUUAUUGAUUAUUUCGAGCCUUUAGAUGUUAUCAACUUCCACAGUACGCGGAAAUCACUACAAAAGUAUUAAAAUAUUCCGACCGGCACGCUAUACCUGCGUUUGCGGCAAAGUGCGAUAAUUUUUACUUGAUUGAUUGUGAUAUGCAUGGGGAAAGUGUCGAACUCAUAAUGUUUCAGGCGCUAAUUCUAAUCGCGUUGAAUAUCAUAUGUUUCGUGUCAGCGUUUAGGAUAUCUUUCUAUGACUCUACACUUUACGAGGGCGACACAUGUUUCUUGGCGGAUGGCCUAACCCGUGGAACGUGCCUCCGAGAUACAAGCUGUCUGUACCUGAAGACCAUUCCACAGAAGGACUGGAGAAUAUGUUCAUUCCACCAAAAUUCAUCGUUGGUUUGCUGUAUGGAUCGGCAGCCCAGCUCCCUUCAAGACGUCAGAGGUCACUUCAAACAUAAGAGCGAUGAGAAGUGUGCCAACUUUCCCGAUAUGCCUCAAACAAAGAACAGCAUCCUCAACGGAACGAUAGCUGACAUAGAGGACUUCCCAUAUCUGGGCGCCUUGGCACUGCAGGAUCUGCAAUCGUCUACGAUAGCUUAUCGUUGCGGAGCCAACCUCAUUUCGGAUCGAUUCAUGCUGACGGCUGCCCAUUGUUUGAUAGGCAAGAAACUAAUCCACGUUCGACUGGGAGUGUUAAGUCUCCUGGACAACCUUGACGAUGACCCACCUGUUAUCAUUGGCAUCGAGGACAUCAUCAUCCAUCCAAACUACACCAGACGCCCCAUCAGAAACGAUAUCGCUCUGAUCAAACUGAAUCGAACCGUUGAUGAAGACUUCCUGAUACCGGCCUGUCUGUACACGGAACCGUCCGAUCCCUUGCCGAGCGUACCGUUGGCAAUUGCUGGAUGGGGUGGCGUCGAUUCCUCGAACGAUGGUAUCAUGUCGCCUAUCUUACUGAAAGCGGAGAUAACAACGUACGAACGAGAUCAGUGCAACGCCACGUUAGUACAAACACAAUCUUGGAAGAGACAAGUCCAACUAUAUGACGAUCAGUUGUGUGCGCUCGGUAGGAAUAAGUUGAACGACAACGAAACGAACGAUACGUGCGUGGGUGACUCUGGUGGACCGCUGGAGCUUUCCCUGGGUCGCCGAAAGUACAUCGUCGGUUUGACAUCGACUGGCAAGAUCUGUGGAACGAGAUUCCCAAGUGUUUAUACCCGGGUGUCGCAGUUCAUCGAUUGGAUUGAGUCAAUCGUGUGGUCAUGAUAAGAGAUAAAGUAUCAAAAUAUAAACGUAAAGUAAAAAAUAAACUCCAUGAUUUGUGUGAACAAUGUGAUGUAUCUAAUUACGGACUAUUUCUUAUUUGUAUUAUCUGUUGAAACUACGAGAGUUCUGGAUAUGUGAUUUACUUCUUCAUGGAGCAAAAAAAC